AUGAAGAUCACUAUCAGUGGGUUGUUAAACUUGUUGUUUUGCUUUACUGUAAUAGGGGGUGUUUUAGCUGAUCAGCAUUUUGUCACCAAUGAUGAAGCAGAGAAUAUAAUUAAAGCGAGUGAUUCACGUCAUACUAAUAACUGGGCAGUAUUAGUCUCAACUUCUCGAUUCUGGUUCAAUUAUAGACAUAUGGCCAACGUGCUAAGUUUGUAUAGAACUGUCAAGAGGCUUGGUAUCCCAGAUUCCCAAAUUAUUUUAAUGUUAUCUGAUGAUAUUGCAUGUAACCCACGUAAUGCAUUUCCAGGAACGGUUUUUAAUAACCAAGAUCAGGGUUUUGAUUUAUACGGUAAUCUGAUAGAAGUUGAUUACAGAGGGUACGAGGUAACAGUAGAAAACUUCGUGCGGUUGUUGACUGAUAGGUGGGAUGAAAACCACCCAAGAUCUAAACGUUUGCUUACGGAUGAAAACUCAAAUAUAUUUAUUUAUUUAACGGGCCACGGCGGUAACGAAUUCUUAAAAUUCCAAGAUGCAGAAGAAAUUGGAUCGUAUGACAUAGCAGAUGCAUUUGAACAAAUGUAUGAAAAAAAGAGAUACAAUGAAAUAUUUUUUAUGAUUGAUACAUGUCAAGCAAACUCGAUGUAUGAAAGAUUCUAUUCGCCUAAUAUUUUGGCUGUUGGUUCGUCAAAGGUUGACGAGUCAUCUUAUUCGCACCAUUCUGAUCUUGAUAUUGGAGUUGCAGUCAUCGAUAGAUUCACAUAUUAUACGUUAGAUUUCCUCGAAAAAAUAGACAAAAACUCUACGGCUACUAUGGAUAAAUUAUUUGAUGAAUACACAUUUGAAAAUAUUCACUCAAGUCCAGGCAUAAGAACAGAUUUAUUCAAGAGGGAUGUCAAAGACGUACUUCUAACUGACUUUUUUGGAAAUGUUCAAAAUGUAGUAGUCGAUGAGGUUGAAGAUGGAAUCUUAUACACGGCAAACUAUGACGAAGAUGGUAAUUUGGUUUCUAGACAGAAUAAGAGCCAGACCACUAAACUUCACCAAGUAAAGAAGGCUGAUUUCAAUUACGAUGAGGAAUCUAUAACUCUUGUCAAGAAUUCCAAGGGCAGAAUACAAGUAUUCGGCCUACUCACAUCAGUUGUGUUAGUAGGCUUAUGGUUCGUCGCAAAAUAG